GUGUGCUGGGAAUGCUGUGGAGCACAAGAGAGGACGUACUAUGCUUCUCUACAGUCUUCAAGGACGAAAUGGCGACACUGAUUGAAACGGGAACGAAACCGACUAAACGCCAGGUACUCAAAUGUAUCAUGAGUCUGUUUGACCCGUUAGGCCUACUGGCGUGCGUCCUAGUACACGGAAAGAUAAUAAUGCAGAGUAUCUGGCGUAGCGGCAUCAAAUGGGAUGAGUGUAUCGACGAAAACAUCUACGAAGAAUGGACUAAAUGGAUUGGCUUGUUGGACGACGUGAGCACUAUAAGAAUACCUAGGUGCUACUUCCAGAAUGCGAGUGUGGACCUGUACCGUUCUUUGGAAGCACACGUUUUUGUCGACGCAAGUGAAGUUGCAUACGCAGCUGUAGUUUACUUCCGUAUUGUCCACCAAAAUGGAACAGGAACAUGCGCUUUAGUGUCGGCGAAAACAAAGGUGGCCCCACUAAGGUACAUCUCCGUACCACGGUUGGAGUUGAUGGCGGCUGUCCUGGGGGUUAGAUUAUACUCCUUCGUGCGCGACAACCAUUCUCUCAAAAUCAAUCGAGCGAUCUACUGGUCCGACUCUGAAGUUACCCUAGCUUGGAUCCGCUCGGAACAUCGGAAGUACCGUCCGUUUGUAGCCUGUCGCGUUGGUGAAAUACUGUCGUCGACCAAUGUGAACGAUUGGAGACAUGUUCCCAGCAAGAUGAACGUUUCAGACGAGGCCACUAAAUGGACAAACGGGCUGUCUCUUGAAACGUCAAGCCGCUGGUUCAAUGGCCCAGCAUAUCUGCAACUGCCGGAGAAUGAGUGGCCCAAAUCGAAAAGAUCAAUUGUAACUACUGAUGAAGAGUUGAGGGCGUGCUAUCUACAUCAAGAGACCUACGUUCUACACUCGCCCAUAGACUACAGCCGAUUUUCCAACUGGAACCGACUGCUGCGCUCAAUAGCGUAUGUGAUCCGUUUUGGAACUCCUCGUAAACGGAACACUUCGGGAAAAAGAAUUGAUCACCUUUUAACACAUGAAGAAUUGAAGGUGGCCGAGAUUCUGCUGUGGAAAUUGGUACAAUCAGAAGCAUAUCCGGAUGAGAUUGCGAUUCUCUUGAAAAAUCGGACUCUACCGGUGGACAAACAACUAGUUCUGGAUAAGUCAAGUCCACUUUGGAGUCUCACACCUAUGCUUGACGAAAAUGGGAUUCUUCGCAUCGAUAGCCGCAUUACAGCAGCCCAAGGAGUAGCAGAAGACCUAAAGUUUCCAAUUAUAUUACCUAGGAAGCAUUCGGUUACCAGUCUAAUCGUGAACGAUUACCAUCGGAAGUUCCGGCACGGGAAUUCUGAGACGGUGGUGAACGAAAUACGACAGCGAUAUUAUGUUGCUCAUCUGCGCACCGUCGUUAAAGGACUCGAGAAGAGAUGUCAAUGGUGCAGAGUAUAUAAGGCCAAGCCAUCGACGCCAAGAAUGAGCCCUCUUCCGGAAGCACGUUUAUCACCUGGUGUCCGCCCGUUCACAUACAUCGGAGUCGAUUAUUUCGGACCAAUCCUGGUGAAAGUGAAUCGAUCCGUAUCUAAACGCUGGGUGUGCUUGAUCACGUGCCUCACAAUCCGCGCUGUGCAUGUGGAGGUUGCAUAUGACCUUUCGACGAAGUCUUGUAUUGCCUGUCUACGCCGCUUUGUUUGUCGCAGAGGAGCACCAAAGGAAAUAUAUUCAGAUAAUGGACGGAACUUCACCGGAGCGAAUCGUGUGCUGAGAGAUCAAAUCCACCAAAUCGAACGGGAAGCAGCUACGACCUUUAUCAGCACGGAGACGAAGUGGUUCUUCAUUCCGCCAUCGUGCCCUCACAUGGGUGGGUCAUGGGAGCGAAUGGUUCGUUCCAUCAAAACAGCCAUGACCAGUCUUCCGCAAGAUGAGAAACUCAACGACGAGGGAUUGCUGACGGUAUUAGCGGAGGCUGAAGCAAUCGUUAACACCCGGCCCCUUACCUACCUACCGUUGCAGUCGGCUGAACAAGAAGCAUUAACGCCCAACCAUUUCAUUAUGGGAUGUUCAGGCGGAGCUACACAACCAUUUAUGGCGAAAAAGGACUACGUGAGCGACAUCUACGCAUCCUGGGACCUGAUUCAACGACGGACUAACCAUUUCUGGAAAAGAUGGAUCCUGGAAUACCUGCCUACACUUACUAAGCGUACAAAGUGGUUUGGAGAAGUGAAGCCCCUCGAAAUUGGAGAUCUGGUCGUUGUAAUCGAUGAUACCAGAAGGAAUGGCUGGGUACGCGGACGUGUUGUAGAGGUGGCUACAGGCAGAGAUGGCAGAGUUAGGCAGGCGAUGAUUCAGACACCUGGUGGACUAUUCCGGCGGCCUGUUUCAAAAUUAGCUGUGCUGGACGUAGCAGGACGCAGUGAGGCUACUGGGCCCAUACAUCCUCACGGGGAGGGGGAUGUUGCCACGACCGCAGCACCGGCAACCCGGCCUUCGACAUCUGAAGAUUCCCUCCAUCAACGCUAGGCGCGCCACCGGACUUGACAGAUAGAUUUCAACACGACUGUAAGAAACCCUUGAUCUAUCGAUGGCAAUGUUUUGAUCCAAUGUGUGCGAUGCAUGAACGUGUUAAUCGAUGAACUCAAUUUUGCUUAAAUUUAUGAUUAAAAGUGAGAUAUUCGUGAUUGUUAUAAAUAAUUUAGUGCCUAACAGUCCUCUAUUGAAUUUCAGAUUAAGGUCUCACUAUUUGAUGCUCUUAAAGUAUCUUAAAUUGAUAGAUUACUCUAACUUUGAAUUGGUAGGUUAGUUUCUCAAAGAUUAUUGCUUUACUCGUAAACUAAUGAGAUCUUCUUCAGGUUAAAUUUGUGAUCUAAAAUUCACAUAUAUUCUUCAAAUUAAAAAUUAAAACUAUUAUACUAUGAUACAUUUUCGGUAACAAUUGGAUUAUUUGUACCGCAACUUAGCAUAAUAAUGCACUAUUAAAUGUAAGUAACAUUAAUGUUAUCGCUAUCGAACAUAACUGAAAUGGAUAAAUCUCUUUCAGCUUGAAGCAUACACUAAUAAAACUGCUAUCAAGAAUAGUGCUAAGUUUGUUUGAA